AAUUAAAAAGCGGCGGAAGAAGGUGGUAGGGUCAUGACGCAGCGAGUUUCAGUCGUGACUUUUCUGGGGGCAUCGCGGCGUCCCCUUUUUUUGCCUUUAAAGUAAAACGUCGCCCCGACGCACCCCCGCGUAUUUCGGGGGGGCGGAGGCGGCGGGCCACGGCGCGAGGAGGGGCGGUGCUGACGCCGGCCGGUCACGUGGGCGUGUUGUGGGGGGAGGGGCGCCGCCGCGCGGUCGGUUCCGGGCGGUUGGGAGCGCGCGAGCGAGCGAGCUAGCUAGAGGCAGCCGCGCCCGCCGCCGCCCCUGCUCUGUAUGCCGCUCUCUCCCGGCGCGGCCGCCGCCGAUCGCAGCAGCAGGAGCCGCCGCCGCCGCGGUUGAUGUGGUUGGGCCGGGGCUGAGGAGGCCGCCAAGAUGCCGCAGUCCAAGUCCCGGAAGAUCGCGAUCCUGGGCUACCGGUCUGUGGGGAAAUCCUCAUUGACGAUUCAAUUUGUUGAAGGCCAAUUUGUGGACUCCUACGAUCCAACCAUAGAAAACACUUUUACAAAGUUGAUCACAGUAAAUGGACAAGAAUAUCAUCUUCAACUUGUAGACACAGCUGGGCAAGAUGAAUAUUCUAUCUUUCCUCAGACCUACUCCAUAGAUAUUAAUGGCUAUAUUCUUGUGUAUUCUGUUACAUCAAUCAAAAGUUUUGAAGUGAUUAAAGUGAUCCAUGGCAAAUUGUUGGAUAUGGUGGGGAAAGUACAAAUACCUAUUAUGUUGGUUGGGAAUAAGAAAGACCUGCAUAUGGAAAGGGUGAUCAGUUACGAAGAAGGGAAAGCUUUGGCAGAAUCUUGGAAUGCAGCUUUUUUGGAAUCUUCUGCUAAAGAAAAUCAGACUGCUGUUGAUGUUUUUAGAAGGAUAAUUUUGGAGGCAGAAAAAAUGGACGGGGCAGCUUCACAAGGCAAGUCUUCAUGCUCGGUGAUGUGAUUCUGCUGCAAAGCCCGAGGACACUGGGAAUAUAUUCUACCUGAAGAAGCAAACUGCCCGUUCUCCUUGAAGAUCAACUAUGCUUCUUUUUCCUUCUGUUAACCUGAAAGAUGUCAUUUGGGUCAGAGCUCCCCUCCCUUCAGAUUAUGUUAACUCUGUCCAAAUGAGUUCACUUCCAUUUUCAAAUUUUAAGCAAUCAUAUUUUCAAUUUAUAUAUUGUAUUUCUUAAUAUUAUGACCAAGAAUUUUAUCGGCAUUAAUUUUUCAGUGUAGUUUGUUGUUUAAAAUAAUGUAAUCAUCAAAAUGAUGCAUAUUGUUACACUACUAUUAACUAGGCUUCAAUAUAUCAGUGUUUAUUUCAUUGUGUUAAUGUAUACUUGUAAAUAAAAUAGCUGCAAACCUCAGUCCUUUGUGCUACUUUAUGUGGCUUUCAAAGAAGAGAAGCCUUGUCCUGAGUUUCUUACUUGGCUUCAGGAAGGCCCCAGGUUGGAUUCCAGAAACCAGUGACGAUGUGGCCACAGGACUGUGCUGACUUGGCUGCUGACCAUGGACUCCCUGCGCAGUGACGGGCAGGUGUUGAGGCUGGGUUACAGCUGAUUGAAGCUCAGUGGCUCUGGCGGGGGUCUGUGAGGGGAAUUCCUCCCCAGUGGUCACAUUCUCUCCUUCCAUCCUCAGAUCCCCAAACCUUGACUGAAAUGCUCCAUGGUCAGGAGCCUGGUCAAGGAGGAGGAGCUGCUGAGAGGCAUUGUUCACCCUUGCUCAUAGCUUAGCUUGAUGUCUGUGUCAGACAGGAGACGAUUGAGAGAACACCCCUGCCUGUCACUGUCCUGGAACACCCCGGAGUUUAGUGAUCUGUGUCAGUCUCGGGAGCCUCCUUCAGACCCGGACGACGGGCCUCCCUCUCUCCAAGGAGCAACUAUAAAGGAGAAGAGGGAUUUCAUGUGCCUGGUAGCUGUUACCUUGUCUGUAAGUCAACCUUGGAGUUGAGCAGUGCUUUUUAAAUGAUUCCCUUUUGCAGCUAAAAGUUCACAGGGCUCUUUCUAAUAGGUAAGCAAAUGUUACCAUUGACUUUAUUAACAAAAUAUAGUUUUGCUUUGCA